UUGGCACAUAGUAAGUGCUUAACAAAUGCCAUCAUUAUUAUUUUUAUUAUUGUUUAGGGUUGUUUUUUUUCUAAUCACAUUUUGCCAUGGACAGGGUUAGGAGCUCGUUUUCCACAUUCGCAAUUAGGUGUCUCAUGAGAUGUUUGCAUGCAGUCCACCACACUACAGGGAUCUUCUAAGUGUGUAUAAUUAUGUUAAGUUUUUUGAAGGACUUUUUUAUGUACUUUUAGAAGCAGGAAAAAGUGAAGAAAAAUUAACUAAAGCAGUAACAUAGAAUUAAAGGAAACCUGGUUAAGGACCAUAACUGAAGAUGAAUGUGGGUGAAGCUUCACAGCCGGAGAUUGGUACAGAAAGUGAGCUGAUGUCUGAAGGAGUAGACACCUUCUUCCAUCGUAUUGAUUACACUGAGGUCUUCAAUGACCCUUACCACAAAAGAGCAAAAUUUAUUGGCAAAUACCUUAUGGGGGACCUCCUGGGUGAAGGGUCUUAUGGCAAAGUAAAGGAGGUCCUGGAUUCAGAAACACUUUGCAGGAGAGCUGUCAAAAUUCUCAAGAAAAAGAAACUACAACGAAUCCCUAAUGGUGAAGCCAACGUUAAAAAGGAAAUUCAGCUACUGAGAAGACUACGACACAACAAUGUCAUUGAGCUUGUAGAUGUAUUAUACAAUGAGGAGAAAGAGAAAAUGUAUAUAAUAAUGGAGUAUUGUGUGUGUGGUUUGCAGGAGAUUCUGGAUAGCGUCCCAGAGAAAAGGCUUCCAGUCUGUCAAGCUCAUGGGUACUUUCACCAGCUUAUUGAUGGAUUAGAAUAUUUGCACAGUCAAGGCAUCAUACACAAGGAUAUUAAACCAGGGAACCUCCUCCUAACAACUAAUGGGAUGUUAAAAAUUUCUGAUUUAGGUGUAGCAGAGGCACUGAACCCAUUCAUUGAAGAAGACACCUGUCGAACGAGCCAAGGGUCACCAGCAUUUCAGCCCCCUGAAAUAGCCAAUGGCCUAGAGACCUUUUCAGGUUUUAAAAUGGACAUCUGGUCAGCUGGAGUCACAUUGUACAUCAUCACAACAGGUUUAUAUCCAUUUGAAGGAGAAAACAUCUACAAGUUAUUUGAAAACAUUGGCAGAGGGUAUUAUAUAAUUCCUGAGGAUUGUGAGCCUCUGCUCGUUGACCUGCUCAAGGGGAUGCUUGAAUAUGAACCAGUCAAGAGGUUUUCAAUACAGCAGAUACGACAGCACAACUGGUUUCAACAGAAACAACCCGAAGGCGAGGCUCUAGUCCCUGUUCCUCCCAGCCCAGAUACGAAAGACAGAUGGCGAAGCAUGACAGUGGUGCCUAACCUGAGGGCUUUACACAACAACAAUGAGGAAGUGGAUGACAAUCUCUAUGACAAUGCAGGUGAUAUCAUUUACACUCAGGACUUCACAGUUUCAGGUGACGAAGCGACCAGUGAGUCAGGGCUUAGUGAGGCCAGAGCAAAGCAGCAGCAUGAGUAUUCAGAACCUUCAGGAGAUGGAACUCAGCCACCAGGAGAAAUGAUAACCAAAGAAGAACACUAGUCUAGUGUAGGGGCAGGCCUGGCAAAAUCUGUCUUUGGAAAGGAUGGCUUAAGCUGCUGGUCAGCUUCUUUCUAAUACUGCUAUAUUUGUGAUCUUAAAUUCUCUUUUGAGAGAAUGUUUUCUACAUUUAUCCUUCCUUAUGUUCCCUCCCUGGUUACCAAACUCUAAAGAAAGUGUUUCCUCCAAUUACAUUCUUACUUAUUAGAAUUAUUUGUUCCCACAUUUUCUCCUGUUCUAAUCAUUAAGAAGCAUGCCAACCAGCUUGUUUGGGUAACCAUUUAACCAUUUUCCACUGACUCUGGGAAAGGAAUUUUGAAAGAUGUUUGUAGUUUUAAAUUUUUUCCUUGUUGCUCUUUCCUCUUGUAUGAUCUAUUAAUGGUUAUUUUGUGAUGGCCCGUUCAGUCUAGGCUAUGAUAUGUGAAAAGGAAUGAGUUACUUACGUGAAGGGCAAGAAAGGUAAGGACAAGUGAAUUGGUAAUAACCACUCUUAGACCCCUUACCCUCAUAUCCCCCUACCCAUAUGUAGGCUCAUGUAGACCCACUGGAUGGGACUAAUCUUCUCCUAUUCUCAUUGUUUUCAGAAUAAUGAUUUCCUCAUUGUUUGUCAUCUGUCAUUCCUUGUUAUAAACUAGUCCUUAUACUGUUGUGUGGAAUAAGAGUGAAGUGAUCUACCACAAAAUAAUGGGUCUUUUUUUAAGGGUACAUUAAUCCUGAAAAUAAUCCAUCCUCACAACCUAGUGAAAAAUAAUUGUAGAAUUCAGGUUCUGUAUAAUUUAGUUGUUUCUCUGAAAAAAAAGCCUUAAAUAAAAGUGCAUAAACUCUCUUUUA